GUUGCUAGGUGACGUGGUUGAGGGUCACAUGACUGGAGUUAAAUGCCUGGCGCUGAGGCUGCCGGCUGCAGACAGUUCCCAGUGAUCGACGGCUACUGCGCUCCCUCCUGCGCCCAGCCAGAGAUUCCUGCAGCGGGGACCAUGCAUCCAGCGGCCCGCACUGACUUCUGAUCGCUCUGCCUUCUCCAACCUGCUGGCUGCCCUGAUCGCUCCGCACACCUAGUGUCCCCCCCACCCCGGCCCAUCACUGACCCCUACUCACAAUGACCGGAGUGUUUGACAGCAUAGUGUCAGAUAUGCAUUCCAACCAAAUGACCUCAAGCAGCUACCACCACAGCCUGCACAAGUCCCAGGAGUCCCCCACCCUGCCCGUGUCCACGGCCACGGACAGCAGCUAUUACACCAACCAGCAGCAGCAGCAGCAGCACUGCGGCGGGGGGUCCCCAUAUGGGCAGCUGGGCUCUUACCAGUUCCACACCGGUGGUAUCAAUGGGAUCUCUUACUCCGGCAAGUCCUACGAGCUGGCGUACAGCGGUUCCUACAGCUCUUAUGGACCCUAUGGAAGUAGCCCGUCCCCUCCACAAAAUGACCCAGAGAAGGAGGACUGUGAGCCUGAGGUCAGGAUAGUCAACGGGAAACCCAAAAAGGUCCGGAAACCCCGGACCAUCUACUCCAGCUUCCAGCUGGCAGCCCUGCAAAGGCGGUUCCAGAAGACCCAGUACCUGGCUCUGCCCGAGAGAGCCGAGCUGGCAGCAUCGCUGGGCCUAACCCAGACCCAGGUAAAAAUCUGGUUUCAGAACCGUCGCUCCAAGUUCAAGAAGAUGUGGAAAAGCGGGGAGCUGCCUUCAGAUCAACACCCUGGGGGCAGUGAGUCCCCCACCUGUAACUCUCCCCCACCCUCAGCAGUUACCUGGGACUUUGGGUCACAGCAGAGGUUACAAGGGCCUGUCCCUGGCCUGAGCCUCCAACCCCCCAACUCUGGCUCCAGCCCUAGUGCCUUCCUGGGCAACUACUCCUGGUAUCAGUCUGCCAACCCGGCCACACACCUCCAGCCCAGCUCCUUACUCCAGCAACAACAGCAUCACCUCCACCAUCACAGCAGCUCAGCAGUCACUGCGGGGACUAUCUUCUAGGUGGGAAUAAUGGCCCAUUACCGGGAGAGGACUACUUUUCUGCGAUCAGAUGUGGCCUCAGGUUCAAUCCGACGCAUCAUUGCAAGCCAGCACGGCAGCACACCAUGGACUCACAAAUGUAUGGGAAAAUCGUGCUGCCACCUCUUAUUGACGUUGUAUAAACGAAUGAAACUCGUCGGAGUGCUGUAAGCAACCAGAAA